GUAACUUCCGAGGUGCAGCAUCGACGCAGUGCUCCACGGCAGACUCUCUUCAUUCACGGUGCUGAGUUACAGUUUAUAGCAAGAUUAAGGAAACCCUGUCUCGUUGAAACACUGCAGAAAUGGCAACUUCAACAGAGUCAUUCAUGUAUACGGACCAGAGUGCCUUUCAUUACGAUUAUGAGACGUUGCAGACCACGGGUGUCAUCCUUGCUGUGGUUAUGUUUGUAGCCGGGAUUCUUAUUGCUCUGAAUCUAGUCCAGUGGAAGGUCCUCAGCCACCAAAGACAGAAGUUCCACCUCAGACAGUGUAAAGCAUGUGGUGCGACAGGGCGGCCCAUUUCAACGAGAGGAAAUGCUCAGACGCACAAAGUUGCUUACAGGAAUGUGGAGGAGAGUCGAACCUGCUUGACCUCUUUUUGUAACUUCAGCUUAAAUGCUGAUCUGUUGCUGUAUUUUUAGGUCUCUCGGUAGCACACGUGCUACAUUGUUUCUUUUGUGUUGAUAUCGUGUGAAUGACACCAUUCAUGAUGCAUCUCACCUGACCCUAGUUAUUUUACUCAUGCAUGAAUUGUUUGCUUUUAAUGUUGUUGAUAUUAUUAUUAUUAUUAUUAUUAUUAUAUGAGGCUUAGAUCUAAAAGGGCAUUUAUGGAAAUAUUCACAGAAGCAAUCGGGAAUAAUGAUUAGAAAACUAGCAGACUUAUUGAAUUACAUUGAAGAGCUCAUGUUUCAUCUAAUAGAUUUCAGUCCUUUAGACAGAUAUGAAGUUAAUAUUUUCACUCGUUUACAUUUUAAUGAACAGAACAUUCAUGAAUUUGUUUGAAUAAAUUUAAAUUGUAUGUAUAUACAUAUAUAAAUAUAAUUAUAAAUUAUUUGAUUAUUCGUUUGAAUAAAUUUAAAUGGCUCUCCAGCAUGGAACUAUAUGCAAUCCUGUGUGCCACCCUGUAACUUGUGCAUGCCAAGUUUCAACAAAAUGUAAGACAAUUUUCUAGUUGUCUUAGUCUUGUAGUAUAUAUUUAUUUAUUGUUUUAGAAUUUGAGUGUAUUUGAAAUACAUUUGAAAGGGUUUCACAAUUAUUUUUGUCAUAUUUCAGUAUAAAUUUAACUUAUUACCAUUAACAGUUUUGACGUCAAUCAUAACAAGAUAAACUGAAACGCAUGGCUUUUCUGUUUACAGAUUAGUCAUUUGGAUCAGUAAAAUCAAACAUUACUUUACAGAGGGCUUAGAAACUAUAGGAAAGUCUUGCCUUAAGAACUAAUGGUGCAGUCAAAUACAAACUAACUAGUAGUUACUAAGCCAACUUUACAUCUCAAUUUAAGUCAGACUUCACGAGUGGCUGAUGCAACCCUUCCUUGGAGGUACACGUGAUCUUAUGUCCAUUGUAACAGCAUGACUAUUUGACUACUGUAUUCCUGUAAACAAAGCACUUUAGAAAGUAAUACCUCAGUUACUAAAAAGCAAAUUACUUAAUUGCAACUGAAUGUAUUUAUGCCUCAUGUAUUAAUAAGAAAGCAUCCAUAUAUAUUUCAGAGAAUAAUGAGCCACUGCACAUCUGUUUGAUCUGCAUGGAGGAAUGCUUAUGAAUUCAUUACAAUUCACUUCUUUCAUGAAAGGUUUUUUUUUUUCCGCCUUGAAGUAAUUGAGUAUGACUAAACAUCCACAGCAGUCAUAAUGAAGAGCUCAAUACGGUUACUAUAAGAAAAGGUGUUUUUAUUAAUCAUCCAAAUGUUAGUCAUGUACCAAAUACAUUUGGCUCAAUAAAAGAUCCUGAGUUACA